AUGUACCCCAAAGUUAUCGACAUAGAAGAAGAGUAUCGAGAACGAACAGGUCUUGAUCCGAAGACAGGAAAAAGAAUAGAGGGUACACAGACGAAGAAGAGCAGAGGAAAGAAGACGCAAAAGUCUACAGCAAAGCAUGUUGCAGUGGAUAAAGAAACACAAUCCAAAAAGCGUCCAUCAGUCAAGAACGGAAACCCGGUGAUACCAGAUGACAGUAAUGUAGACAGUAAUGUUGAGAUAUGGGACCCUGAAGGUGAGUAUGUAAUGUCAGGGGCAUAUAACGAGCCCGGGGGCAACCCAAAAAGUCAUGUGAAGCAGAUUCAGAAAGCACACCUGAAGAAAGAAGCAAGCAUAAAGAAAAAAGCAAGUGCAAAGGAGGAUCAUACCUCACAAGCCCUUGUACCCAUCAACCUAUACUUGUCUCAGUCUCGUCUUGGAAAGAGCUUUCAAAUCUGGGCCUCUAACACGAAGCAAGAACAGAUAUUCAGACCUGGUUAUACUAGCUCAGGUGACAAGAUAAUCGCCUUAGAAAAGUAG